GUCCUGUCGGUCAGCCUGAUGACGCCUCCGUCGGUCCCGGUAUAAACGCGGGCGGUCCCGGGCGCGCUCUGUGAAUGAGCUGCUUCAGGCCUUUCUGGACGGUUGGACUGAUCUACGCUGACGGAGUCUUCCCGGUGCUGACGGUCAUUUUUGGGCUUUAGGAAUAAAUUUGGCUGGAGCUUCACCGAUAGCGGUCCGAACCUGACCGCUGAUUCCCCGGCACACUCCUACUACUAACGGACACUGAUCCGCCCGGGGUUCGGGACAGCUCACGGUCCCUCAUGUGGGUGUUACAUGGAAUAGAAGCGGCAUGGAGUUUCAGCGGGUCCUCUCCCAGUGCUUGGACACGGUGAGGUAACGGGAGCGGGACGGGGUUGCCUCAUACACACACACAGGACAGCAGCAACCUGUUGCGGGUUGCCGGUGACGCAGUGAGGAUGAGCGGAGCUGCCGGGCUGCUGCCGCCGCCGCUGCUGCUGCUGCUGCUGCUCAGUGGCCGUGCUGCGUUCAUCGGCUGCCGGUCCCUGAACGCACCGCAGGAUGUACGGGUUCUGCCUCUGGACGGACAGACGGACGGUACCGACAGUCUGACCGCCACGGUGACAGGUGUGGACAGAGGGCAGCACCCACUGCUGGCGAAAACUCGCCCCUUCGUUCUGGUGGACGGACAGAGACAGAGCCUCGCAGAAGCUUUGCAGGAUGGUCACCCUGACAGGCUGCAGUGUGGGCUGGAGGUGGGAGGAAGACUCUUCCUGCUGGACCUGGAGAAGAACCACGACCUGCUGCCCAAACCACCAAACGUCUUCUACUACCUCCCCAAUGGUACUGGAGUGUCUGUAACAGCCAACCCUGUGACUCACUGUUAUUACCACGGCACCGUCAGAGGAUUCCCUCAGUCCAGAGUGGCUCUGAGCACCUGCUCUGGACUCCGAGGCAUCAUUGCCCUCAACUCCACCCUGAGCUUCGAGCUACAGCCGCAGGAGGACCAUCACCACCACCAUCAGGGGGAGGAAGAGGCGGAGGAGGGUGCAGGAGGGGAGAGUGGAGGAGGAGGCAGAAAUGGAGGAAGUGGUGGAGGAGGAGGAGGUGAUGAUGAAGGGGUCCACCUGCUGUUCUCCACCAGCCCCCUGGAGGGUGACGGUGCAGGAGGCUGCGGAGUGUCUCACACUGCCGUGCCCCCCAUCCACAGCUCCACACACCCGCACAGGACGAAGAGAGACAUCCUGUCUGAGACCAAAUACAUUGAACUGGUGCUGGUGGCUGAUCAUCAGGAGUUUCUGAAUUACCAGAAGAACAAUAACACGAUCAUCUACCGCAUGCUGGACGUGGCCAACCAGGUGGACUGGUUCUACCGUCCUCUGAAUGUCCGCGUGGCGCUCACCGGUCUGGAGAUCUGGAGCGACCGCAACAAGAUCCGGGUGGAGAAGAGUCCGACUGACACGCUAAACAACUUCCUGCAGUGGAGAACCAGAGAUCUGCUGCCACGUCUUCGCCAUGACAACGCCCAGCUCGUCAUGGGCGGGUCUUUUGAUGGCACCACGGUGGGGAUGGCAUCUCAGUCAUCCAUGUGCUCCAGAGACAGGUCGGGCGGAGUCAACGUGGAUCACCUGGUCAGUGUUUUGGGCGUGGCUUCAACUGUUGCUCAUGAGCUGGGCCACAACCUCGGGAUGAGCCACGACACCGCCGAGCGCCGCUGCUCCUGCCAGAACGAGCCGCGGCUCGGGGGAUGCAUCAUGGAGCCCUCAACUGGGUUCAUGCCGGGCCAGCAGUUCAGCAGCUGCAGCGCCGCAGAUCUGUCUGUCAGCCUGCUGCAUGGCGGCGGUAUGUGUCUGUUCAACGUGCCGCAGCCGGAGCAUCUGCUGGGAGGACCUCGCUGUGGAAACCUGUACGUGGAGAAAGGAGAGGAGUGUGACUGCGGCCUGCUGGAGGAGUGUGAGGACCCCUGCUGUAACGCCUCCACCUGUCAGCUGGUUCCUGGAGCUCAGUGCUCAUCUGAUGGCAUCUGCUGCCAGGACUGCAAGCUGCGAGCGGCGGGUUCGGUGUGUCGUGAUCCUCUGGGGGAGUGUGACCUCCCCGAGUAUUGCACAGGCUCCUCCCCCUACUGCCCCCCCAACGUAUUCCUGCAGAAUGGGGAACCCUGUGAGGAGGGCGCCUCGUACUGCUAUGGUGGAGUCUGCGCCAGCAUGCACACCCAGUGCCAGAUGCUGUGGGGACCCAAUGCCACCAGCGCUCCGACCGUCUGUUUCUCAUCUGUGAACAAAAAGGGAAACAAAUAUGGAAACUGCGGUCAGCUCACCAACGGCUCCUACGUCCCCUGUGGGAACUCUGACGUUCACUGCGGCAGGAUCCAGUGUCAGGGUGGGAGGGACCGCCCCCUGCUGGGCACCAACGCGGAGAUCCUCACCACCAGGGUCCACUUUAACAACAGCGACCUGGUCUGCAGAGGCACCUUCUUCCACCUGGGUGACGACGUCUCCGACCCCGCCACCGUGGCCCAGGGCACCGCAUGCGGCCCCAGCAAGGCUUGUUUGAACCAGAAGUGUCAGGAUGUGUCAGUGUUCGGUGUAGACGAGUGUCGCAGGAAAUGCAACGGUCACGGGGUGUGUAACAGCAACAGGAACUGUCAUUGUGAUGUGGGCUGGGCUCCACCGGACUGCAAGUACUCGGGUUACGGGGGCAGCGUGGACAGCGGACCGGCCCGAACUGCUCGAGAAUCAGAUCCAGUCCGAGUCGCCCUGCUUGUCAUCUUCCUCUUCAUCCUACCCGUGGUCCUCCUCUUCCUCGCUCUCCGGUUCCCUCGUUUUCGUCAGUGGCUUUUGUGCCUGGGACCAAACAGCCCGUUUCACAAAGCUCGCCAGCACAACCGUGUGGCUGACUGUGAGAUGUGGGAUUUGGAGUUAGCCCCCACCCACGUCUCCAGGACUCCGGUGAUGGAGCGGGUGGACGGCAGGAACGGAGAGCAGGUCCGACCUCUCAGAUACCACUUGAACCACCAGACGGACAUCCCACUGACCCCGCCCCAAAAAGAGGUUCAUGACAGACCUGCUCCUCCCACUAAGCCACUCCCCCCUGACCCCGCACUAAAACCCCCACCGCAGUUGGUUAAACAGAGACCAGCUCCCCCCACCAAGCCUCUGCCCCCCGACCCCCCCGCCCCCUCCAACCAGCAGCUGGUGAGUCGACCAGCUCCGCCCAACAAGCCUCUGCCCCCUGACCCCGUCACACCUGGACAGGUUUCUGUUCCACUCAAACCUGUAGUCCCUAAAAAGCCCUGCCCUCCGGCCCUGCCGCGCAACCCUUACCUCCCACCACACCUCGGCUACAGCUCCAGCAGCAAACCACCCCCACAUGGAGCAGUCACACCUGCUGCUGCUGGCGGACCCCACAGACGGCCUCCUCUUCCUCCGGUGCGACCCGGCGUCCCUCCGAAGUUCGAGUCCUCUCCUCCGCUUUGACCUUCGGAGAAACCUUUGGAAACCCCCUCAGAGAGCAGCUGAAAGUGGAGACGAUGAAGAUGAUGGUGACUCGUUAUCGGAUUUCAUCCUCAUAAGUGUAAAUAAGCAUCGAUGUAUCUCCGGAGUUCAGUGCCUUGCUCAGCAGCACCUCGGCAGUGGUUAAUGUGGACAUUUGAGUCACAUUAAAGCUUCUUGGUGCAACCCCUGGGGUAGGUGGGGGGGGUUCAGUGCCUUGCUUAAAGACUCUUGGACCGACCUGUGAUUAAAGAGCAGUGGUUUCCAAACUGUGGUCCGAGGCCCAUCUCCAGACGUUAGAAAUAACAAAACGAGUUCAGUGGGACUAAAAUCAUCACGAGGCGCGUGAAUCAUCGUCAGCUCAGACUGUUAUCAGGUGACUUCAUGGACGGCUCCUGGAACUUCUCAGUAAAGAGACUGGAUGAAGGUUUGAGUGGACAGUGGGAGAUGAAUCAGAGUUAUAAAGUUUUUUUAUUUUGUGCUAUAGAAAAAAAAAUCUGAGAUUUUUACAAUUUGGUUGAAAGAUUUUCAGCAAAGAAAUAAAAUCUGAUAUGCGCCGGUGUUUCACACACA